UAGUCAUAAUUGAGGUCUGUUGGCAUUCUGAAUGGUAUCUGUUUGAAAGUAAAUUUCGAAUGGUCAGGGUCUGCACAGGAUAGUAUCCAGGACAUAAAAGAAAGCUGUCGUCCUACCGUCCCCCUUCACAUUUAUUCCCAAGAUCCAUCCUGUAUUGCAUCUCACAAAUGAUGCGUCUCCUUCCGAGUCAUCCUCGCCGUCACUUCCUACCGGUUUAUUUCCGAGAAACAUCUCACAAAUGAUGCGUCCCUCCUUCCGAGUUGUCCUCGCCGUUGUUGCUGCCUUGGCAGUAUCCAUGGUUGUCAGUGCUGACGGUGAAUGCCAAUUAAUUAGCUGGCCUUGUGAGUCAAGCGAAGAUUGCUGCCGUGGCUUUCAUUGGGUAAAAAUGCCGCUCCGAGUAAUUGAUAAGGUGAGUAUGAAUAGUUUUAUCCAGGAUUCAAGUUUGUUGACUGACUGGCGUGGUAGCCAGGAGACUACGUAUAUUUGUGUGAGGUCCCAUGAGCUACAGACGACAGUGAGACAUGUUUCUGCUUCUCAUUGGUGCAGUAUGGUUAAUGGAACAACAUAGAAUUAAGUGGGAAUGCUUGCUUUACUGCCACUGCUGGAGAAAUGAAGAUUUUAGGAUAGAGAAACUCACAUCGAGAGCCUGGAC